GUAUCCAAUGAAAAAUAAUGUUGCUGACUUCCUCGCAGUUGUCGGUGUGUGUGGUUGUGAGGGCGUGCAAUCCAAGCAACAAAAUGCUUCGUCGAGAAACGAGACUGAGACGGGGGUACCUGUAUGGGAAGUCCCAAGAGGACAGGGUGCGGACGAUUGAGGAGAAGAAACAGAAGCUGAAAUCUGCUCUUGAUGACAAUCGUCUCAUCCCUACUGAGGUUCGCAGAGAAGCUGUGCAGUUAUAGAAAUUGCUGGAGUAUGAUGAUGAGGGAGCAGAAGGUGUCAGCUCUCACAUGGAUGAUGAGUAUAAAUGGGCUGGAGUGGAGGAUCCGAAGGUCAUGGUCACAACAUCAAGAGACCCCAGCUCUCGACUCAAGAUGUUUGUCAAGGAGGUGAAGCUGAUCUUCCCUGGGGCUCAGCGUAUGAACAGGGGAGGUCAUGAAAUGAAAGCUCUAGUACAAGCCUGUAAAGCCAACAAUGUUACAGACCUGGUCAUCGUUCAUAAGACUAGAGGACAGCCAAAUGGGCUUGUGGUGUGCCACCUACCUUUUGGACCAACUGCGUACUUCACUCUUUACAAUGUGGUUAUGAGACACGAUGUGCCGGACAUUGGAACCAUGUCUGAAGCCUACCCCAACCUCAUCUUUCACAACUUCUCCUCACGACUUGGCCAGAGGGUUUCCAAUAUCCUCAAGUAUUUGUUCCCAGUGCCUAAAGAGGACAAGACAUUUGCCAACCAGGAGGAUUUUAUAUCUUUCAGACAUCACACUUACAAGAAAACGGACCACAGGAACGUUGAGUUGUUAGAAGUUGGGCCCAGAUUUGAAAUCAAAUUGUACAUGAUCAAGCUUGGUACCCUAGAAAAUGAGGCUACAGCGGACGUUGAAUGGCGCCACCACUCAUAUACACACACUGCCAAAAAGAGGAAGUUUCUCAGCAUGGAGUAACAUUAGCCACGUCUCAGUGUGCCCCUCUCAAUUGACAGGCCAUGGCCAAAGCAGCCUAACCACAUAGUCUAAUGUUGUGUUUUCAGUUUUACACACCAUACCUCAGAUUUGUAUUUCAUGGAAAUAUGGCAUCAGACAUUGAAUAAUUUCAUUGAAACAGACUCUACCAGAGAAGUUAUGUAUACUACGAUUUUCCUAACUCCAAAUUUGACUAUUUUCCAUGAAAUUAACAGAACUAAAGAAAACAAUAGUCUUCAUAACAAGGCUAUUGUUGGCUUUGCUAUAUGUCUGAUGUUUUAGUUAUUUACCUAUUUUCCAGGGGGCUACAAAAACACUCAAUACUUUUUUUUUAAAUGGCUAAAAUGUAAAAUUUUCCUUUAUCAACCUCACAAUAUUAUAGACGUAGAAUUUUGUACUACAUUUGCACUGUAUCUGAGGUGAACAAUAUGACAAAAUAAAAACAGUUCCUGGUUUUAACCUCGUUUUUUUCUUGCUCUUAUGAUACAUACCACAUUACUUGUUUGAAUCAUACAAUUUCAAUCAUACAUACAAUCUGAACAUUUGCCUUAUCACAGGAUGCGUUGGUGGUCGGUGCCGUUUGAGGAUGUUUAUUUUUUAUGAGCAUGGCCUUAUUUCUAUUACAGCAUGUAGGAUGACUGUCAUUCAUAUUCCAUUCACCCACUUCAAUAUAACAGGUUUAGGCUACUACAUGAUACUAGAUUUUUCCCUAUGCGGUUCCUUCAACCUAGCUUAUGAAUGAAAGUUUGCAACGUAGGUACACACCGAUCUAAUCAUUAGUCCAACAGUUGCAAAUGAGUUUUUAUUGGACAAAUUCAGAUAUGAUUAUCCCUGUUCCAUUUGCUUCUGUUAAAGAAACAUUUUUCAACAGAAUUGGUGGAAUGAAUACACCCCUGAUCAAACACAAACCGUUAACUCUCAUAGCCACAUAAACACCUCAUUGUAUACCUUCUUGCAUCUACGCACUCUCCUCUUACCUUUUCCCUUCACUUGUGGACUAAAGUGCACAACACAUCAGCUGUCCAUGACCAGGCGAUAAAAACCUUCCAAGCCAAACCUUCAUAUCAUAAACGCUACACACAGCCUACAUCGUUGUCACCAUAUUAGCUAAAGUAGUGUCAAGGUUAACAUAGUUAAUAGAUAUAGCGUUUUAGUAAACCCGCUACAAUCAUGCAGCACAGUGUACAGAUAGUAAGCAGUUUAGCAGGAACACCGGUGGCAAUACAUUAGUAAAACCAAAAGCUUACAUUGGAAGAGUUCCAAUGUUGGAUAGUCAUAGCCAGCUAGCUAACAUAGCGUCCCGCUGUUUGAGCCAGGUGUUUGAGUAGGCUAAAUUAUCCAGCUAAGUAAGUGAAAAACAUUUUGAAAUAUAGCUCUCUCUCUUGCUCCUUCAUUUUUUAAGUUAUUCAUUUGUUCAAAACUGUUCAACUAUUGUCGUUGUCUUUGAGUCAGCUACUCAACACAUGUUAUGCACUGCAGUGCUAGCUAGCUGUAGCUUAUACUUAUGCUAGAUUCAUUUUAAUCCUUUGAUUGGGUGGACAACAUGUCAGUUCAUGUUGCAAGAGCUCUAAUAGGUUGGAAGAUAUCCCCUGGAAGUUGUCAUAAUUACUGUGCAAGUCUAUGGAAGCACCCAAUACACUUGCAAUCAGUCGAUAUAAUCGACAACUAUCAUCAGAAAUCAAACAAUAUGAAUCAGACAGUGAGGCGCCGCCUGACCCACUAGUUGGUCAGAAGGUUCAAUGUUCCAUAUCGUGGUGUAGAUGUACUGUAGAUCGAAUUGCACUCAAUAAAUGUUCUUCCCUUCUAUGGGUCAUAAUAGCCGGUUAUCCCGGGGUAAAAACACUUUAAGAAUCCAUUACGUACCUUUGACGAAGGAAAAGGACAUCAGAAGAUCUUCUAGUUUCAUUUACAGCACAAUAAAAAUGAUCUUUACCGCCUACUCGGAAAUUACGACAUGGAACGUUGAUUUUAACCUUCUGACCAACUAGUGGAUCAGGUGGCGACCCACUGUCUGAUUCAUAUCACGUGAUUUCUACCAAUAUAGUUGUGUCCACCCUCCUACCAAGAAAAGACUUCCCAGGAAAGUUGAUUGACAAAAUCAACUCCCUUUCUGCAUCCUUUGACUCUCUAUGUCCCCUAUCUUCCAGGCCGGCUCGGUCCUCCCCUCCCGCUCCGUGGCUUGACGACUCAUUGCGAGCUCACAGAACAGGGCU